CUAUAUUUAGGGCCUUUCGCACCACAAGAAAUCGAUAUACGUUUACAUUUUUCAUACAACAUAUUGAUAUGUUAUCAACAACCCUAUCAAUUUUCCAUCUCUAGAAAAAACUGACCAAACUAGAGCGAAAAUGGUGGCUGGAGGAGCCUCGGACACGGGCGGCGUGAAGCCCAUGGCCAUUGCGGGCCGCAUGGUGCGCGAGCGGGAGCGCCUCAUUGGAAUGACCCCAGAUGAACGGGCCUGGCGCAAACAAUGGCUCAAGGAUCAGGAGCUGCACCACGGACCGCGCAAGGUUGCCGCCCUGGAGCGGGAGCUUAACAAUCCCAUUAAACGCUUCUACCGCUUCCCUCUCGACAAGGUGUGCUCCAUCCUGACCCCGGCCCUGGGAUUCCAGCGAGCGUUCACAGUGCGAUACUGGACGGGAAAGGCUCUCAUCGCCCUCACCGGCAUCUACGCAGGCGCCUACUACUUCAAGUACAAUCAGAAUGAUUGGACCCGGAAGGGCGGCUGGCGUGUAAUUUCCUCCCGCAAAGCGUGUGUUCCCGGCGACGAGGGAUACCCCAAGGUGUCCGAUCGGUCCGCGCCAUCCGACUACGCUGCCCGUGGCUUCAAGGAAUCGCCUUUAUAAGCCUCCAAACUGGCUUAGUGAUUUUUCUUAAGUUUGAAACGUAAAUUUAUAAUACCAAAACAGAAAUCGCAAUAAACAUGGAAACGAAAACACAAAAA